GGUAAGUGGUUGUUGUUCUCGUAGCGUUGUCUCCCCCAAGCGGCAAGCAUACUAGCGAGGCCCGGAGUCGAGUCGUCGGCCGUUCGAUGAACUUGAACCGUGUCGGGUUACCGUACUUUAGCAUUUGAUUGCCGAAACGAUGUAUUUGAAAUCGAACUAAAUAUACAAACGAAAGGUGUGUUUGUUGCGCGCGUUACCGUUGUUGUUUUACACGUUUUGUCCGGUUUACAUAUUUCGACGCGGGUCGUUGUUGUCGAUUGAACACCUUGCUUUGUGCCCGUACACGUAAACAUGCUGUACAUCAGGUAUACGAGGAACCUGUUCCUCCGUGGCGUUGCGGUCAUCUACCUGCAAGCGUUCAUCUCGCUCUACGUGCAAAAAGCCGGUUUGUACGGGGACAACGGCAUCUUACCUGUACAGAAUGUACUUCGCAAUGAGAGCCCGAAAAUAUGGGAUAAAUUUUUUGCGAAACCCACUUUGCUAUGGUUUUCGUCGGAAAUUGGAUUGACUGUUGAAUACAUGUUUGACGUAAUUGCUUUGGUCGGAGUGCUUUUUGCUUUUCUCGGGUUUGUAUCGCAAAAAGUAUGCAACAAAUUUGUAUUCUUCAUUUUAUGGAUCUCGUACUUGUCGUUGUACAACGUCGGUCAAGUGUUCAUGAAUCAUUUAGCCGACCACCUACUUUUGGAAGUUGGCUCAUUGUGCAUAUUGGUCGCUCCAUUUUUCCACCUGAGACCCAAACCGCCAUCAAAAAAACGCAAUUUACGUCUGCAUACCUCGUUGGUGUCUUCGCCUCAUGAUGGAAUUCCAUUUUGGCUCGUCAGAUGGUUGCUGUUCAGAGUAUCGUUUUCUGCCGGCAUUGUUAAAAUGAUCUCGAAAAAUCCCGCUUGGUACGAUUUGACCGCUAUGUCGAAAUAUUUCGAGACAUUACCGUUGCCAAAUACUAUUUCAUGGUACGUUCACUAUUUUCCGGCUUGGUUUUUGAAAUCGGUGACCGUACUGGCCGAAGUGAACGAGAUAUUCGUACCUCUUUUGUUUUUGGUCCCGAUACGAUCGGUUAAAAAACUGGCAUACUAUAUCCAGAUAUUUAUGCAAUUCGGAAUAUUGGCUUCUGGAAAUUUCAGCUACUACAACCUUUUGAACGUGGUCCUUUGCUUGUCGCUGUUGGACGACCAUACGUUCUAUAAAGAGUUGGCCUUGACGAAAAGUCGCCAAUGGUGCUCUGCCAUAUUCACAAGAUUAAUGACGCUCAACGCUGCCGUUCUUUUGGUUGCCAUCGUUGCUACGCUGUACAAUUUCAAAAUCAGUCCUUCAAACACACCCGAUUUCUCUGUUGGGUUUACUCCUAAACAGUUCAUAACAUUAAUGGAGAAAGCUAUACCGUUUGUUUUUAUCUACGCUGCGAUUUCGUUUUUUUUCCAAUGUGCACAAUCGUUGUAUGUAUGUAUGCCGUCCAAACUCGGUGAACCCAUAGGCAAUCUGUUAAAAUCGACAACGUACUUUGGAAUCUGUUUGUUUUUUUUCUUUUUGAGCUCCUACAAAUUAUCUUGUCUUCAUCCGUCUGCAAACAUUAACAGUACCCUAACGAAAGAUAUGAAAAUAGUUUUCAACGAUAUAGCUCCAUUCCAAUUAAGCAGUUCCUACGUUCCGCCAAAGGAAUUGAUUAAUUUCAAUAGCCGCAAUGAAAUCAUAUUAGAAGGAGCCAACGACAUCAAAGGACCGUGGUACGAAUACGAGUUUUUGUACAAACCAGGCAACGUUAAUGCAACUCCGCCCAUCGUCGCUCCUUACAAGGCCAUGCUCGACGAGCAGUUGUUUUUUGCCGCCUACUCGACUCCGGCUGAAAACCCUUGGUUCUUGAGUCUCGUGUUCCGUUUGUUGAACAACCAAAAAGAAGUGAUUUCACUGUUGGACGUCCCGGCACGUUUCAUCAAGUCGCCGCCAAAGUUCAUAAAAGCAUCGUUGUACAACUACAAAUUCUCUACAAACGUCCAAAGAUUGAGAGGCAUAUGGUGGACAAGAAAGUUUAUUUCGGAAUAUCUCGCCCCUACGGACAAAACCAGCCAAGUUCUUUUGGACCAAUUGAAAAGUUACAAAUUAUUGUUGAACAGGACACCCAAGGACAUCAACCCGAUUUUCAAGCACAUUUUGGAUCAGAUCAGAACAACGCAGCAAACUGUGAUCGAUCCACGUCUUUUGAUUUUUGGUUUUUUAAUGGCCGGUUUCGUUUGUAUAGCAUUUCCGGGCAGUUUCAAAAAAGAAUAAAGCAACUGUUUAAGUUGAAAACGUUGCCGUGGUAUAAGACUUAAAUUUACUCCUUUUUGAUUUUUUCUUAAAAGUUUUUUUUUGUUACCUCUCAUAUAAAAUUUAAAAAAAAUGAUCUGUAUGCCCCUCGUAUUAUUUGUCCUUUUAAUUUUUGUAUGUUUUGUAUAUACACUUAUAUGUUCACAUGUUUUUUUUUUCGUUUUUUUUUUAUUUUAUUUUAUUUUUUGUUUUAUACAUAAUAUAUUUCAUACAUAUAGAUGGAAGAAUUAUACUAGUUUGUAUCUAUCGCAUCAACAUAAUAUUAUAUAUUAAAAAAAAAAAUUCUUUCAAUAUUAGAAAUUUAGCCAUUUUAGAUGUGUGAUGUUUUUUAGAAAUUUGAUAUUUUCCUGCCACUUUUUCGAUAUAUAUAUAUGUAUUUAAACACGAUAUUUACAGCUCUGAUUACACUAUUAUUUAUAGUAUUUUCCAUUGUGAACUUUUUUUUUUUAUUUGUGU